CUGUUGUUAAGAGGUGUGACAAGUCACGUGCACGGAAGGAGUACAAAUUAAAGCGGCAUGGAAUCGAACAGGUACGACGGCGAACCGGCGGUGAAGUCUCCUGCUGAAGAAGAAGCAGAAAUGACUACUUUUUCUGGCCACCAUUUCGGAAGUUCUGAAGACACCGACGAUGGCUUCUCAGUCACCAUCAUCGAGAACAUGAAAGACGAGUACGGUUUGUUCGUAUGGCCUUGCAGUAUUAUUCUAGCCGAAUACAUAUGGCAACAGAGAUCCCGCUUUACCGGCGCUAACGUAGUUGAGCUUGGGGCAGGGACUUCGUUGCCUGGGUUGGUUGCUGCAAAAGUGGGUGCAGAUGUGACGCUGACUGACGAUUCAAACAGAUCAGAGGUGCUUACUCAUAUGAGAAGACAGUGCGACUUAAAUGAUAUCAAGUGCAAGGUACACGGACUUACAUGGGGUGUGUGGGAUACACAAACCUUCUGUCUGUGCCCAAACAUUAUCCUUGGAGCUGAUGUCCUAUAUGACAGUUGUGCCUUCGAUGAUCUCUUCGCAACUGUGGCAUUUUUACUCCAGAGUUGUCCAUCAUCCGUUUUUAUUACUACAUAUCACAACAGAAGUGGGCAUCACCUAAUUGGAUUCUUGAUGGUGAAAUGGGGCCUGAAGUGUGUUAAGCUUCUUGAUGGGUUCUCAUUCAUGCCAUCAUACAAGACGUCUAGUUUGAGUGGUAACAUUCAAUUGGCUGAGAUUGUUUUGGACACAACAAACAGAGAUGAGAAAAAAUGAUGUAACUGAAUUCAAGCGCGAUGGUGCCAAAUAUUAGGUUCUGCUGACGUAUUUUACUUCUUCCACUGCUUCGAUGUAAAUAACUAGUGAUCAACUUAUUGUGCAUAGCAUAUCAAACAGAAGCGAUUAGUGAAGCAAGGUCUUACGAAAAGACCUGUUAUUUCUUCUAAUUAUUGCAUUCAAUAAAUGAACUAAGAUAAUACAGGGAAUGAUAGAUAAAAGUAGAAUUAACUUUGAAUAAAUCAGUUAAACUUUCCUGCAAUUUUUUCUAACCUCCCUGCAUCCUGUAAGGCUGCUCAUCUUGAUCAUAGAAUUGGAAAAACCUUGGAGAAAUCUGCUUUUGAGCUAGCAAAAUUGUUAACCAUUUCUCUAGUUUUUGGAGUACUUAACAGAGCUUGAUAUCUGAAGAGAACAAGCUCUUCCUCUGGAGAAUUAGCUUAUUGUAUAGCAUUAUUGAAAGGUGGUUGAUGAAGGAUCCAUGGGUCUUCCUAUGUUUCAGCAGACAUGCUCUUUUCUUCCUUCAGGCAUAUCCCACUAAGGCCCACCAGAGCAAAUCAACUUUAUUAAGCUGGUAGAAUGUAGCAUUGAUCGUGUUUACACAUUUUGGUAUUACCAUGUUAGAAAGUAAGAAAUAACUUUAUGCGAUAAUGCUAAUUGACAGGGAGUUCUUAAUUUUCUCCUAUUUUAUAUUGUGAAUAUGACUUCGUCAAUUGUUAUCCCAUUUAUCUACACUUUUAGGCAUUCUAGAAUCUAGAGUAAUUACUAGUAGAAGGAACUGAUUUGCUGCAUUGCUGUCUUCUUUAUAUGUUUUCUGUCUGCUUU